GAAAUCCAAACAAGCACUCUCUCUCUAUCAAUGAAACGAAACGCUCACAUAAUCAUUCUCUCUCAUCUCUUAUUUAUUUCUAUUUUUAAUUAAAUUUAUUGAAAAGCAUCAAAAUUUGGUGAAUUUCCGUAGGAUUUUGGUGAAAUGCAGGAGGAAUAGAGAAGUAAUUGGAUACCUUACUUUGCUUUCAAUUUAAGUACAAAUACGACUACAUCACUUCACUUCUUCAUUCAAUUUCAUAAGUUUUCCCAGAUUUCUUUACACGACUAUGAACUAGAUUUUAUUCAGCAUUUCACAGAACAAAACAGAAGAAUUUUAUUUAUAAUGGUUAUGGUAUACCCAAGAGCGCCUUGUAGCUACUGAGCUAGUACAUUGUUUUAAUAAGCUGAAAGCAUGCCUUCCCGGGCAUCAACAUCAGCUGCUCAUAAUGGCCAUGGCUUGGAGAGGAGAAGAUCAUCUAGACAGCACCAAAUAUCAAGAUUUGCAUCAGAUCAGAAGCCAUUAUCGCCUCGAUCUAGUCAAGGUUUGAAGUUUAAAGAUAAGGCUGUUAAAACAGAGAAUUCCAUCUGCCCUCCACAUUCCAAUCUUCCUUUUGAGUUUGUGAAGAAUGCAAAUAAUGUUUUCGUUGUACAGACAAAGUCUUCAGGUAAUCAACAACAGCCUAAGUUAUGGAUGGGUUCGAGCAAGGAGGAUGAGCUUAUCAAGUACAUGUCUAAGGUGCCGGGUUAUCUUCAAAGAGGGGAAAAGCUCCAAGAUAAUAAUGUGUUGAACUUUGGUGUUCUUGAUUGGGGGCGUCUUGAGCAAUGGACCCAUAAACGUGAUAAGCUUCAAGUGGAUGAUAGAGUCGUUAGAUCUGUCGCUGGUAGUUGCUCUUCAUCUGAAACAGAUAUUCGUUCGAAGAACCAUUCCAGUAUCUCUGAUAGUAAACAGGUCCGUACAGUUGAUUUUUCCCCUGUAGUUAAACCUCUUAGUCAAAAGUCACUUAACUGCACAGACCAAUCUUCGUUAAAUAAUUUCAUCAAUCAGAAGGAAGCGUGCAAAAAAGAUACUUCUCGAAAAAGAGAUGCUGUAAAUUCUAAGUAUUCCAAAUGCAAGGAAAGGUUAUUGGGUCAAAAUAGUGGUUUACUGAAAGGGAAAUCAUCAUCACAUAUGAGUAAUUCUGAUCAUGAGUUCGUACAACCAGUGAGCAAAAACCUUAGCAAUCAGGAAUCGGAUGCCCUAAAAUGUGCUCGAACUAUCAAAGAAGUUGGACUAGAGCCUCCUCAUCAGUAUGGCUCUGGUAAGCAGGAGAGCAUUGUUCUUCUUUUGCCCAAAGAUUUCUCGGGUUCUGGAACCUCAGAGGUUCCUCAUAGAGCAUCGCUUGAUGGGAAGUCAGCCGAGGAUAACUGGGGUAGCUUCUCUGAUAUAUUCUCUGUUGAUGAGAUCCAGCCAGAUGAGUCCUUUUCCGAAAUUCCACAUUCUUGUCCCUUGAAUUCUGCGAUUGAAACCGAGACAGAAUUGGACUUGGAUUUGAAGCUUGAUACUUUAAUCAAAUCACAGGGGCUUGAGGUUCCAGUAAACCCAUCACAGAUGCCCAUACAUUCAAUCGAAAAACACGCAGAAGUAGCAAAAAAUAGUGACCCAAAUGAGAAUACUCAAAGCUCUUCAGCUGAUAUUUCUGGGGAUAGGUCGAGACAUCGUGGGUUUACCUUUGGCCUAGGUAAGAUGACGAGAAGUCUUAGUUUUAGGGAGAGUUCAGCUCAACCUCCCCUGAGUUCUACUUAUGUGACUGCUGUGUCUGGUCCUGCUACAUCGGAUUGUGCCACCAAUAGCCAUUCUCAUAAUGACCAGAGGGGAACCAUGAAUGGCAGAGCAAAAUCUACCCCUUUAAGAAGAUUACUAGACCCACUAUUAAAAUCCAAGAUUGCAAACCAUUUGAAUGAACACUCAAGAAUGAAGCCACCACCAAUUUCUAUAGACUUGCCUGAGAACGAAAAACCCGAGGCAUCAACCAUCAAAGCACUUUUGAAUCUUACAAUUAAGAAUGGGUUACUUUUAUUCAAGUUCGUUGUUGAAGAAACAGAUGAGAUUUUUGCUUCGACAGUAAAAACUAUAAGCACACUUGCAAAGGAUGAUAUGAGCUGGUUAUACACAUUCUACUCUGUUCAUAGAAUCAGAAAGCGGAAUGUUGGCUGGAAAAGUCAGAAAGUAAAACCUUGUGGAUUCGGGUACAAUGUUGUUGGUCAAAUGAAAGUUUCAGAACCGUGUUUUCCAAGCUGGUGCAAGGAAAAACCCGAUGAAACACAACUGGUAAGAGAGUGUAUCUUGUAUAAUGUAGACAAAAGCAAGCCAGAAGCUGCAACUUCAGAUAUAAAGACCGGCAGAGAGUUGGCUGCCAUAGUCGUAAGCAUACCUAAAAGUACUAUGAAAUGCAGCAACUUUUAUAACAAGUAUAAUCUCGAUGAGUGGUUUUCAAACUUGGAACUUGAAAAAUUGGGUCAAACAGUUGUGAUACUACCAGGAGGUGACCAUAGCUUGCCUCAUGAAGGUAGUGUACCUUCGUCUUUGAUUAAUCGUUGGAGAUCAGGCGGAUUAUGCGACUGUGGAGGGUGGGAUGUUGGCUGUAAAUUAAGGAUUCUAACAGAUAAACGGCAACAACAGAAGUACCUACAAGUUCAAUGUGAUCUUUAUGAUCAGGGCGAACCGAAGGGAGGCAGACCGUUCUUUAGUUUGAUUCCUCUUCGAGAUGGGCUGUUCUCUGUGGAAUUUGAUGCCAAAAUUUCAUCUUUGCAAGCGUUUUCAAUUUCUGUAGCACUUAUCAGCAGUCGAACACAGUGUCAUUCGACAAAUGGAACCGACCAGCUUGAUACUAAACAUGAGUUUUGUAAAAAAAAGGGAUCCAAGACUUCAAAGAAAGAAGGCCCUGAAAAGCACCCCCCAUUUCCACCCUUAUCCCCAGUUGGGAGAGUAUAAGUCAUGCUAGUAGUAAUGGAAGUAGACUUACAGACAAAUCCUUUACUUAUAAAGGGUUGUAUUCCCAGCUUUGUAAUCAAGUAUUAUAUGUUGAUAGGCCCUUCAGUAUAUCAUUAAUAAAGGUUACACGUAUGCAGAUA